AUGGGGCAUACUAUCAGGUACAUCACACUACUAAAGGAGACAUUCACAUUUCCUCAAAGCUUGGGCAUUUUAGGUGGAAAACCUGGAGCAUCCACUUACAUUGCUGGGGUGCAGGAUGACAGGGCACUCUACCUAGAUCCCCAUGAGGUUCAGCCGGCAGUUAACAUAGCAUCUGAUAACUUGGAGGCGGACACUUCCUCGUACCACUGCAGCACCGUCCGUGAUAUGCCUCUAGACCUGAUAGAUCCAUCCCUGGCAAUUGGUUUUUACUGCCGCGACAAAGAUGACUUUGAUGAUUUCUGUUCUCCGGCCUCAGAGUUGGCAGAGCAGGCGAACGGAGCACCGCUCUUCACUGUCGUGCAGUCGGUUCAGCCGUCGAAACAGAUGUACAACCAGGACGACGGGUCCGGCUGUUCAGGCUACGGCGUCUCCGACAACAUCGACGUGAAGGACCUUGAUGGCUCCGGCGAAACAGGAGAAGACGAGUGGCAGAUUCUCUGAAGGAAAGGGAAGUUUAACUUCAGUGUUCGGUUAAACCUUCACAUGACCACCCGAUGGGUUAAUGUCCCCCUGUGUGAAGUAAAGACUUCAAAAACCUCGUGUGAAAUCUAGGGUUUCCAGUUCUACGGAACAAGCGGGUGUGCCGCUUGUUCCGCGGAGCCGGGAGACCGGCAAAGGUAGGAGCCGUUACGCUGAUCAUCGGAUCGGCACAAGUUGGUUCGAUGGGAAGUUCCUCUGUACCAUACCAUACGCGCUGUUGUGGGUGACUGCAAAAUGUAUCUAUUGAUUGGUUCACGCUAGGCAAAUUGGCAGAUUGGUUAUAAAUGUUUAAUUUGUUGCCA